AUGAAGGAAACACUGUGCCACCUCUGUGGCCACAUGCUUGGCACGCCCUGCAUCCUCAGGCAGAAAGGUACACUCCACACCAUGGUUAAGAGGAAAAAGGUUGGUGUGAUCAGUACCAAUAUCUUCCCCAUGUCCAUGAGCGUCAGUGCCCUCAUGGUCAUUGGUGGAAUCAGCCUGCAGGUCGUCACCCACGGUCUGAACGCCUAUGUCCAAAUCUCCCUGUGA